ACGUGUGAAUAGGGGUGGUCAUUAGCAGUCGAGAGGGGGAGGUCUCACUCUAUCUAUUUAUUUUUUCUUUUCUCGUACCGUCACCCGCACUUAGCAUCGCCAUAAUUGCAUUUUAUCUGCCUCGGUGGACAGUUAGCGGUGUUUUUAAGCUUUUUCAUGUCGAGUAAAACACUGGGGCGCCCCCCUCUUUUCGUUUGUCGGUCGUAACGUCCGAACGUCCAGCUGAUUGCUUUGAGUGCCGUUCAAUUAUUCCAGUUCAAACUGAGCCGUUUUGUUUGACUUAACGGAUGUUUUUUUGUGGCCGAAAAGGGCCGAGCUCGCCACCUUUUUUCGCCGACUUGUGGACUUUAAAAGAAAGAGGACAUUUAUCUUUUUGUCUAACUUGAGUGUCGGAUCGUUUUUCUUAUUGAACGACCAGGCCCCGGACUCAUCCCCAGCCUCGCGUUUCCAUAUCGGUUUUUGUUGGAAGUCAUGGGAGACACUAGUGAACGAAGCAAACCUCCGAGUCUACCUCCCCGGUGUCCCUGUGGAUUUUGGGGGUCCAGUAAAACCAUGAACCUCUGCUCCAAAUGUUUUGCUGACAUCCAGAAGAAGCAGCCAGGGGAGGACUGCACCUCCAAGCCCAUCCAAAGCACUGGGAGUAGCCAAUCGCCAGUUUUCAGUAGCGAGACGAGCAGUAGCAGUAGCCAAUCCCUAUUGUCGUCGCCGCCCUCUAGCUCCGAGCAGCCGUCAACCGAAGAACCCUCGCCCACGUUUCCCAGCAUGAGGGAAGGCAUGUCGUCCACAGAAACAGCCCAAGGCACACUCUGCACACCCACAAAACGUCCACGAGAAUCAGCGUCAGGCUCGGAGAGCGAGGCGACGCCGGAGAAACGGCCACGGACAGACGAGAAGGAGCAGAGCAGCGAGGAGGCCCGUGGGACGCCCAAGCAGAAGAACCGUCGGCGCUGCUAUCGCUGCCAAACCAAACUAGAGCUGGUGCAGCAGGAACUGGGCUCCUGUCGCUGUGGCUAUGUAUUCUGCAUGCUCCACCGUCUACCCGAGCAGCACGACUGUCUGUUCGACCAUCUGGGCCGCGGGCGCGAGGAGGCCGUCCUCAAGAUGGUGAAGCUGGACCGCAAGGUGGGCCGCUCGUGCCAACGCAUCGGGGAGGAGUGCUCCUGAUUGGCCACGUGGUGACCAGCCAUCCAGUUAGAGAUGAGGCGCUUACAAAGAGGAGGAGGAGGAGGAGGAAGGAGAGCUAGGAGAAAUGACAACUGGGGGUGAUGGGUGGGAGGGGGAGGGAGGGAGGGGGGGGAGGGAAGAAGAGGAGGAGGGGAGGGAGCACGGUUGUAACAUCUUGCAUCUGACCCGACAAUUCUGGAUCUGAGCUUGACGCCGCCCUGUCGAUGUCCCGAUUUCCUGCGUGGAGCGUCUGUUUGGAGUCGGCUCUGGACGAGGCCGCUCGGGGGCCCACAGGGGGCCUGGUGGCUGUUCUGCGGAGCCACGUUCAGUAUCGCAUGUUCACACACACAGCCUUAACCCAACCCCCCCCCCCCCCAGUCUUCAGAGGAAGGACACCGCGGAGACGGAUCCAGUUAGUCGUACAUUAUGCACAUGUUUCUCGCCACGGUUUCCUCCUCUUUGCUCAUGCUCCUUUUUUUCAGUACAGGAAGUAACGGAAGGUGAACUGUUGUAGCGUUUGGCUGAACUGAUCUGUUUUGGAUACUCAUUCAAUAAAGUUCUGUUUCUUUUUUUUUUUUUUUUUUUUUUU